AGUUACCAAUAGGGUGAAUGCUGAGAUUGUCACCAAAGCCGAGACGGCUACUAUAGGGGAGCUUUUAUCUUACAUGAAGCAGGAAGAGGCAAAGGUAGCUUGGUUCGAGUGCACAGCCACUAUUGAUGAUGUUGUGCGUGAUUCGGCAUGGUAUUAUAUUGCUUGUGGUGGGUGCAAGACUAAAGCAACCAAAGGGCCUACCACGCUUAUGUGUAAGAAGUGUGGAAAGACUGAGAUUGUCGGCACUCCAGAGUAUCUCACGAAGAUCUCUGUCUAUGACAACAAUGAUCACGCAAGCUUUGUGCUUCUCGGUGAUGCUGGGCGUGAGUUGACUGGGAUGAAAGCCUCAGAUUUGGUUGAGAGCUACUUUGAGGCCAAUGAAAACGUCGGAGAUGAUCAUGUCGUCCCGGUGCCACAGUCUCUGACUGAUUCCAUUGGACAGUCUCGCACGUUCAUUAUCAAGGUAUCAAAACACAACCUGGAUGGCAAGACCCAGUCUUUGACUGUCACCAAAGUUCUCCCUUUAGAAGUUCCAGCACUUGAAGGCGACAUAGAUGAAGGCGUGGAAGAGGAGCCUGUUGAUGAAAAGGAUGGAGCUGCAGAUGGGAAUGUGAAAAGGAUCUCUGAUGGGAUUGAGUCGGGAGAGACCAAGCGUGCCAAAUGUGGCUAAUAAGUUUAUGUUACUGUUUUCUUUGUUUUAAUAAAGACUAUGCUUUGUUUUUUCAUCUUUAGACUUUGCUUUUGUGACAUUUGAACAAUCUUGGUGUUUGAUAAAGACUAUGCUUUGUUUUAUUCCUUAUUGCUUAAUACUUGGCUAAGGAGGCGUUGAUUGAUAUAUGAGUAAAGGAUAGAAGUAGCUGAUUGAUACCUUUGAAUGCUUGAAUAAUAUAUUUACGUAUGCAUGCAGAUAGUACUUAGUAUAUUAGCAUCUACGUUAAUCAUAUAGUCAUUUUUAUAUGAAGCAUCUACUUUUUUUUUUAAACUACAUCACUUGGUUAAUAUCAAACCAAUUGCAAAAACCUAUUCAAAAAGUAGUUGCACGAAUAAAUUUGUGAUUUUCUUAAUAUACCAUGUGGUUUGAAAAUGUGAUAUUAUAUGAUCACUUAACAUUGCUUGAAAUUAAUUUCUUUGAAACAUUUGAUUAAGAAAGAUAAUCAAUAUAAAAUAUAUGUUUUAUUGAAAGGUAUCUAUACUAUUAAAACUGCAACACCAAACAAAUAAAUAUCUUAAAUCUUUCUAGAAUCCAAAAUGGAAAUUUGCUGAAAAAUAAAAAAAUAUGUUGGUGUGAGGAUUUGAACCCUGGCCAAGGAGCACAUACGAAAGCUACUAAACCACUAGGCUAAAGAAAUACUUUGAUAAUUAUACCCAACAUUAAGAUGAUCAAUUGCCGCAUAUUUUAUAAUACUUAUCAUAGUGAUGUUAAUCAACUCUUCUGGUGUAGUGGUUAGUGGUUAAGAAUAUGUGCUCUCAAAAGAAACAGACGAAGCUGAAGAGUAUCCCAUAUUCUGCUCCAAACACAGACCUGGCUCUCAUGGUUUGCACUCUCCUGAUCCUUCGAUGAUAUCACGUUCUUGGCGUUGUUGUUAAGAAGAAAAACAAAUAGGUACAGCUACCCAAAUGAUUUGCCCAACGUCAACAUUCAUAGGUAAAUUUUUGUAUUUAUGGAAACACGAUCACAUCAUUAACACGAAAUCAUUACAAAAUCCCAUAUUUCCAUAAAUAUUUAUGUGAAAAGGAGAGUUGAUAUUCAAAAAACCAGCAUUCAUCGAUCUCUUGCCUAAUAUCUUGGGGAAAAAAACAAUUCUUUCAAAACCCUAUCUCUCCCUCACGCCUAAGCUGACAGACGAUCAAUACCGUCUUCUUGCGCUAUCCUCCUGAAACUAUGUAAGUUAGAUACAAACAAGACUAACUAAACAUGUUAAAACGCUGAUACAUACAUUGAUAUACUUGAUCGAUAGUGUGCUGGUUGUAAGAAUCGCUGCGCAAGUCAGGAAUGAACAACACACCCUCUGAUCAAGCCAUAUCACCUGCAGGUAAAUAAGACAUCUCUGCCUUUACUCUGAAAUGUUCAAUCGGAAGUAAUCUAGAUAAAGUUAGGAUGCUAAUAUUAUAAAUCCAUUUCGAAAAAGUUGCUUUAUACAGAAUCACAUGUCUCAUUGAACAGCUACAUAGCUUAAUAGAACAAUGCUAUAUAUAUUUUGAUAAAACUUAGUUUAAAUCAAAUAUGGUAGAAUUAAUAUUAAAAAGUUAAAUAACUAUACUAUUAGAAUUUUGUAGGUAAGGCCACUGUAAUAUAAUAUGAAUUCGUUCUCUUUAUAUGAAUGAUAAAUCUUUUGUUUGCACUCGCAAGCCUAAAUUUUUUACAUAAAUAGUAUAAGAGAAUUUAUGUUCUAUACAUAAUUAUAUUGUUUUAGAUUUCUUCAUAUUUUAUUAGAUAAUUGUGUUACAUAUAAUAGAAAUACUUACUUCAAACUAAAAAUAUUUAAAAAACAAAUUUUAAAAUUAAUUAAGUUAAAUUAAAAAUGAUAAAUGUAACAAAUUUAAAUAUAUUAUCCGCGCGCAGCGCGGAAAAAGGAUCUAGUGACUAUAAAAGUAUCACUAAAUGACCAUAAAACAUUACAAUAUGACAAAAAAUAACAUAGCAUGAUAGCAAUCAAUACAAACAUUAAAAGAUGAGCAUAAGAAAGUGUAUGACGUUGUUAUUGAUUUGAUUGACUUGGUUCAAUUUUAAUUUUUUUUUGUAUUUUCUUCUACUUUUUUUUUUGGUUAUGUUCGGUUUAGAUAUUAAAUCUGGAUAUUUUAUCUAAACUUAUGUACAAAAUAGAUAAUAACUCGCAUAUGCACUUUGAUUAUUAAAAUAUAAGGCAAAUCAAAACUUAUGUGGCAAACAAAUUCUUAUUCAUAAAAUAAAUCUCAUGCACAAUGUAUCUAAAAAAUCAUAAUAUAUAAUUAAAAAAAAUCCAUUUUUUAAUGUUUUCAUAAACUGAAAUAUCAAGCAAAAUCCAGCACGGGGCAUGUCUAGUUAAUGUAAUAAGUAAAACUAUAUGAGGUUAUGUUGGAAUAUACUGAUAAUAACGGUUAAUCUAAGUAAUUUUCUAAAGAUCCAUCUUUACUUUAACCUAAUAAGGGAUAAAAUACCACCUCUCUUUCUUUCUUUGUCCGUACCUCUUCCUGCCGUCUUUCUUCUAAAACAAUACGAACUCAGCCAGCGCCAAGCCAUGACAUCACGACGCACUGCUUCACGAUUGAUGACGUCAAUUCAUCGAAACUCAUUGCCUAUACCUGAUGACCUCGCUGUGGAGAUAUUCUCGAGGCUGCCUUCGAAGGCGAUAGGAAGAUGUCGUUGCACAUGCAAGCUCUUGUCCUCCAUGCUUCGACGUCAAGAUUUCAUAGACUUGUUCUUGACAAAAUCUUUUGCUCGCCCUCAGCUUCUCUUUGCAUGCCAAGAUUACUAUAGUAACUAUAUCUUCUUCUCCUCAUCACCUCAUCCGGAAGAAGAGAACUCGUCGUAUGUUGUAGCCGCCAAUCAUCUUGCAAGUUUCCACAGUUCCUACAAGUUAUUUGGUUGUACGAAUGACUUCUUGUAUUAUGGAGCUAAACCGGUUUGGAAGGGGAGUAUAAAUCCAUUGAUAUAUAACCCCCUCACGGGACAGUCUUUGACCUUUCCACGAUUGAAGUUGAGUAAAAGGUUCGCAGUAGUGGAAAGCUAUCUUGGAUAUGACCCCCUUUCUAAAGAGUUCAAGGUAUUGUCAAUGGAACGCUCGUGGAUCUCUGUGAACCACCAAGUUCUGACAUUAGGAACCAAGAAAUUGUCAUGGAGGUCGGUCCAGUGUUCCACUCCACACAUGUCUUCAAGUAAAUGGAUAUCCAUCAGUGGUGUUCUUUACUACGCAGCUUCAGUACGCGGAUUCCAUGGUAGCUUGUUUUGAUUUGAGGGAUGAGAAGUUCAGCUUUGUGAAUUUCAGUAGAGCAAUGCAUGGUUCAACAGUUCUGGUUAAUUACAAUGGGAAACUGGGUUUGCUUAUGUCUGGAGAUCCUCCUGGUGUUAAUAUUAGUCGAGCAAGUGAAAGUUUUGAGCUGUGGGUUCUACAAGACGCUGAAUGGUCCAAGCAUGUAUAUGUAUUACCUCCUUCGUGGAAGGAUGUAGUUACGGAAACCAUGCGCAUUGCUGGAAUAAUAGUUGGUACAAAUGAAAUCGUCUUGGUACCUGGGCUCCAAAAUGUGCCUUCCUAUGUCCUCUACUUUAAUGUGGAGAGAAAUACAAUAACAAAAGUUAGAAUCCAAGGAAUGGAAACGUUUCAGGGUAAGAGAUUCAACACCUAUCUCAACUAUGUUGAGAAUGUGAAGCUUCUUUAAGUACGAAUUCAACAACUAUUUUCAAGCUUUAUGAAAAUUUUAACGGCUUUGUAAUUUGAGUAAAGAAUCAUGGCAUCUUUCUUGGAUUUUUUAUGGUUAGAUAAAUCGAGUUUCUUAAAAAUAAUCUUUUUUUUGAGAAAAAAAUUAUAUCAAUAGAGAAAAUAUAAUAUAAAAAAUGAGGACAAAACUUUGACAUUUUUCUCCUAUGUGUCCACCAAAGUGUUAGACAAUGGAAGGGUACAAACAAACAAGAACGUCUCAAAUAAUGGCUCACAAUACAAGUGAAAUCUUAAUCAGUCUUUGAUUCUUGCUUCGAUUCGAUGUUCAGAAAAUCCGACAAGAAUGCAAUUUUUUUGAUGAUAAGUGGUGUUUCUAAUAAGUGUGUGGUUUUUUGGGUAACGAACCAGUUUUGAGAUUCUCCGAAUAACGCAAAUAUCUUUUGUUCAGCUGAUUUAUCAGUUACAGAGUGAUGGACACUAGUAUACAAUCAUGUGAACAAAAGAGAGUCGAUACCUACUACAACUACUUGAUCAGAAAAAAAAUCAAGAGACAAUAAUAAGAAGCAGACAUUCAGAAGAGGUCGUUGUCAUAGUUUUCUUUGAGAGUGAACUCAGCUGAAUCGAACCACCAAGCCAGAGCAUAGAGCCAUGCCGGAUUGGGGAGCGCCAUGGAAUUGUUGAGCUCUUCAGGCAAUCAGUCGGGCGAUGAAAUCUCUUCUGGUUCUUCACAAGUGAAAUUCUCCUUAGCAUCCAUCUAGAACCAAAGAAAACACAAAAAUAUAUUCAGUCUGAUUCAUGGAAGCAGAAUCUCUCAUGACACAAGAAAUCUAUGCAUUCUGUUUGUUUAAUAAACUAUGUGUUUGGCCUAGCGCAUGGGGGCAUAAAUAUUAAAAGAUAUUUUCUGUUUUUGAAUUUUUAGUUUUUCAUUAAAAUAUAUUUUUCUGAUAACAACACAGUGUAUAUAUAUAUGUAUAUAUAUAUAUAUAUGUUUGUGACACAAGAAAUCUAUGCAUUCUGUUUGUUUAAUAAACUAUGUGUUUGGCCUAGCGCAUGGGGGCAUAAAUAUUAAAAGAUAUUUUCUGUUUUUGAAUUUUUAGUUUUUUAUUAAAAGAUAUUUUUCUGAUAA